UAAAAAAAAGUUGAUUCAGUUCCAAUUUGUCGAUCAAAAAGCAAGGCAGCAUGAAGAACUUGAAAAUUCUGCUCGUAUUUUUAUAUUUAAGCAUAAUCUGUGCUCAACGAAUUCCAGUGCUUAAUAAUGGCAAUGAAAAUAAGUCGAUUGAUCAUAUUCCGUAUGUUGCGUCACUUCGUUUAGAUGAAACAGAUGAAUCAUAUUUUGGGAAAGGGCAUUUCUGUACGGGAGUUUUUAUUGGAACUAAAGCUGUUUUGACUCUCGCGUCAUGCUUCUAUCGCAAUGAUGCUCUAUUAUUGCCUGAGGAUGUACGCAUUAUCGGUGGAACUAAAUUUAAGUUUGAAGAAGAGGACUUGACAUUCUCUACAAUUCUAGAAGAUUUUAAAAUCCAUGAAAACUUUAGCCGUUCAUCAUUAGAAAAUAAUAUUGCCAUUGGUUAUCUCCAUGAUGCGAUACCGAAAGAUAAUGCCUUCGUAAAAACAAUAAAUCGUAUCGCGAGUGAGACGGCAACAGAAAGUGUACAAAUGAAGAUCUACGGAUGGUCAUUGUCAACAAUGAUGUAUGAGGAGUCAUUGCAUUUGUUAUCUGGUGAAGUUGAAAUCGUAUCAACGGAACAAUGUGAUACGGAACAUAAUAAAAUUACGUCGAGUACGAUUUGCGCAGGUCCAUAUUUUGUUAAUGGUUGUGAGACUGAUGACGGAGGUCCAUUAGUCGAUGAUGCGAGAGGAGGAACUUUAUACGGAUUAAUUGAUGCUCGACCUGCGGGAUAUUGUAGUAAAAUAAUCACGAAUCGAUUAGGCACUUACGUUGAUGUAUCGCAAUUUUACAAUUGGAUUUUGGAAUAUAAUAGGAACUCCGCAUCAUGCAGAAAUAUAAUUAGUAUUAUUGUAUUAAUAACGUUGUGUAUCGUUGUUGCACAACUGCAAAUGGUGAAGUUGAUAAAUAUUCAAAACAAGAAGGUCUGGAUCUAUUGA